AUGAAUCCAGGGAAUUAUCUAACUGUUAGUGCACAGCAGAAAGUGAUUCUCGAAGGAUUUUUGGGUUACUUGAGUGGACUGAUUGCUGGUAGCGAUGUAAAAUUGGAUCCAUCGGAUCCAAAGACCUACGGCCAGUUGUUGUACAAAAAUCUUCAUUCCAGUUCUGAAGAACGUGUCGGACGAUUAAAUUCCGUCCAGAAUGAUCGUGAUGUCGCACAGAUCCAUGAAAAGGACAUGAACGACAUACAACAAAAGUUGGAAAAAUUACAAGCUGAGAUGAAACGAAUGGAACAAAGUCGAAUUACGUUGAUGAAAGCAAUCGAAACAAGUGAACAAAAGCUGAAACAAGCAAAAACAGCAAUUGAAAAACGAGAUUUUUGGAAAGAAAUUCAAGAAACAAAAGCUCAAAUGAACCUGCUGACCAAUGAAGUUCUUCUAUUUAAAACUGUACGAGAAACAGCUGAAAAGAAGCAAGAAAUUUUGGCACUCAUUAAAAAUGAUCAUAAUCUAGUUCAUUUUUACAAUACAGUUGAACAUCGGUUACAAUCGUUGUUCAUAGGCGUUUUUGCCGCACAAUCGGAAUUGAUGACACCUGAACUUGGUUCAACAACGGGGAAAAUUCAAACUGCUAUCGAUUGGAUACCAGAGUCAGUUAGGAAUUGUCAACUAAGGAUAUUCACACUUUAG